CUGCGCUAGGGACGAGCCGCACCAACCCUUCCCGGGAUCUCAGCGCCAACUGCACGCAGCCGGGCGGGGAAGGAAGCCUUACUGGUGCUGUCAGGCUUAGAAACAGCUGGGGUGAAAUUUAUGGUUUUCGGUAUUCGGUUUCAUUUCUGUAUCUGGAUUUUCACCAACGUGUGUCAUAGGUUUGCAGCCAGAUUCUUUUGCAAAAUGGAUGGAAUCUGAAAUACCUUGCUAGCCACUUGGGCACUGAAGUAGCUGAAAUGAGAAAGAGGCAGCAGUCACAAAAUGAAGGAACAUCAGCUGUGUCUCAAGCACCUGGAAACCAAAGGCCCAACAACACAUGUUGCUUUUGUUGGUGCUGUUGCUGCAGCUGUUCAUGCCUCACUGUUAGGAAUGAAGAGAGAGGAGACAAUGCAGGAAGGCCAACACAUACGACCAAACUGGAGAGUAUCCAAGUCAUAGAAGAAUGCCAAAACCCUACUGCAGAUGAAAUUUUGUCUUGGGCUCAGAAUUUUGACAAGAUGAUGAAAACACCAGCUGGGAGGAACCUUUUCAGAGAGUUUCUUAGAACGGAGUAUAGUGAGGAGAACCUGCUUUUCUGGCUUGCAUGUGAAGAUCUGAAGAAGGAACAGAACAAGAAAGUUAUUGAAGAAAAAGCAAGACUUAUAUAUGAAGAUUACAUUUCUAUACUAUCACCAAAAGAGGUUAGUCUUGAUUCCCGGGUGAGAGAAGUGAUCAACAGAAACUUACUGGAUCCCAGCCCUCACAUGUAUGAAGAUGCCCAGCUCCAGAUAUACACCUUGAUGCACAGAGACUCUUUUCCAAGGUCCUUCUUGCUCAAGAUGGCGUGGGAGGGGAACAAUGGAUUUGCCAAAAUACAUUUGUUUCACACUCCUUUCACCCUACUGCAGUCAAGAUUGCAAUGAUGUAUUUGUAGUUUUAUGAACAGUCUCCUUGUGUAUCCUCACACUGCAUGUGCAAGGUAAAACUGCUUCACUUACCACUUAGUUGUUGCAAUAUUUAAUCCAAUAACAUAAAUUAUAUCUGUAUUUAAAAACUUUUUUUUGUGCAAUACAAUCCUAUGGUACAUAGAAACAAUUGCAGCAAACCAGAAAGAGGCUUGCAUUUUUUAAUAUCACUAACUAAAAAGCCAAUUUUUAAGGUGUAGCAUUACUCUACAUGCUCUACUGAGUACAAUACACUGACUUUUUGAAGCCAAUAUUUCUGUACAGAGAAAAAGAGCUAUUUAUCACUGUUUAUUUAAAAUAAAUCAAGCGGAGGAUUCCUCUGGGUGUUCACUGCCAAAACUGUGGCAUUUUCAUUACAGAGUUUGCAAUGUCAAAGAAAAAGAAAAAUAAAAGAAGAAAAAAAAAAGCACAAAUCACUUAAAGGGAUCCAUUUCUGGGUGACACAAUCUAUGCGCUGAUAUUGUUUAAUUGUUAAAAGAACAAAGAUUUCAAUGUACAUUUCAGAUGUCAGAUACUGUAAUUGAUUUAUUAAAGACUGGCUAUCCAGUUCUAACACUGUUGUAUAAUGUUAUGUACUUCAGAAAAAAAAAAAAAAGAAACAAGAAACAACACAAAAAGCUUGAUAAUUUAGUUUUUUGAAUAAAGAAAUUUAAUAAAAGAUUGCCUACAUGUAGCAUUUUAGAGCAUUUUAGAACAUUUUGAUGAAUUGCAUCUGUUCUGUAAGAUAUUUUUUUUUUGAAAGCUAAAUCCGGUAAAAAAUGUUUUUAAAUGAAGUAAUGUUUUAUGAGGUGGCGGGUUAAAGAAGACUUAUCUUAGCUUCUAGCCUCAUUUAUUUUGAAUAACUCCUUGAAAACAAGGGGUUUGGAGAGUAAUAUUAAACCAAAUUUCAAGGGCUUCUAAACCCACAGAUCUUACCCAAGCAAAAUGCCUACAGAAACACAAUGGGUAUCUUUCCUGGGUAAAGAUUCCUGUACUGAGCCCUUAAUGAGAGCUAAGGCAGCACAGUACUCCCAUCACUAGGCUGCCAUGGUGUUUUUAAUAGGUGUUUGCUUGGCCUUUUUAUCAAAAAUUGUCCAGUUUCAGGACACAUUUUGAUGUUUAAAGAGACAGUGACUUGGAACUUAAAAAAACCCCAUCUUUCAUACCUAUCAUAUACAAGCAAAAUGAGUGUUAGCAUCCCUCAUAAACUGCUAAGAUAUACCAAGAAAUCGCUCUGAAUACUUGUUAAAUAUAUAUAUAUAUGUGUGUGUGUGUAUAUAUAUAUAUAUUUAAUACUGACAACCAUACUAAGACUUAAGAGGCAAGGUUCUUCUCACUUACAUAGGACUGAAGAUGGCAUAAGCCCAUCGCUUUCGAUUGGACUGGAAGGUCUGGCAGUUGUGUCCUUGAGUGGAAUCUGGCCCAAACACAGUUGGCUCCAACCACUCAGUUACUUCCUGCGGGCAGCGUCCGGUGCCGGCUUUGGUGGGAGCUGCUGCUGCUGAGGCAGGUCUGCGGGGACACAGUAACUGGGAGGAUGCAGGUCUUAGUUUAUCUUCUGGGACUUAUUUUUUUCCCUUUGUUUUACUACCUCUCAUUUUCUUAAUUUAUUGAACAUGCUUCAGAUAGCAGGUUUGGGGAAUUUUUUUAGUCAUUCUUUUUACUUGAAACCUGUGUGCUUUUUUUGGAUAUAUAUAUGAACAAUUUAACAAACUGUUUCUUAAACUCAUUUGGUUUUGUAAUUUAUAUAGAAUUCAGGAGAUGAUUAAAAGGGCUAUUCUCUAUUCCCUAUGCAAAUAUUUUAACUGUUGUAGUGUUUGACAAAAUGGGAUCUAAAACAAAAAUCUGCAAAGUGGAAAAAACAAAUCUGUUUACAGUGGCAUUGCUGACUAUCCUACCAUAUUCAGCACUUUUAAAUAUUGUUAUUUAUGAAAAUGUAGUUUAAAAUGCAAGACAAAAUAUUUAUAAAUGUUUCUUUUAAUAAAUACCUGUUUUGUCUGAAAGUGCUACCGUGUUAUGACAACUUUAUUCAUGUUGGUUAGCUACUUACCAUUAUGAAUAAAAUAUUCAAUUAUUAUACUGAUAGAAUAUGAGCUAUGAUGUUUACAAAUCCUGAGGGGGGAAAAUUCAGUGAGAAAGGACUGCCUCCUUCUACUGUGAAAUUCUGUUAGAAAAAAAAUUUCUCACUUUUUUCUUAAUUGGAAUUUAACUAUGGUCCUAUAUAUGUCUAGUAUCAUUUGACUAGUUAUAUUUACUUGGUACUAAACAUAUACAGCAUCAUAUAUGUAUAUAUUUACAUAGUGUAAUUUCAAGUUGUUGGUGUUUGAGGCACAACACAUUUAGUGCACACAUCUAAGCAAUGUGUAAGAGACAAAACUGCAUGCAUAAGUCUUGACAAAUGUAGACUUGAAUAUUCUUAAUGUUACUAUUUGAUGGUGACCUGCUAAUCAUAAGCUAUCUUUAUAAGAUAUUUCACACAGGUAGAAGUUCUUGUCAACACAGACAAGUCAUCCUUUCAUGACAGUUAUAAAGCUAGAUGUGCAGGCCCUAAAAUAUUACCUUAAUUUCUAGCAUAAGAUUCCAAAAUCUGUAUUUGGAAACUGUGACAUCAUUUUGAAAAAUAUUACACCAAUCUUCAGUGUAAUACAGCAAUGAAAUCACGUUCAAAAUUUAUUGUCUAAAAUCCUCUAUUGGGAAGGAUUUAAAAAUUAAACAUAGGAUGUAAAGUUUCUUUCUUGGAGCAAAUGCUCAUAUUAAAAUGUUUAAUAUACAUUUUGUUUAUCGGUUUGGGUUUCCCAAAUUUUUUUAUGACAAAAAAUGGAUGUGGUCCAAAUGGACAAUAAGUCAUGGUGUAACAUGAUCUCAUUGCCUAUCAUACAGUUCUUUGAACACAAAUUGUAAAACAGUCAAGCUAUUAAACUGAUUUAUUGUGCAUGCAGUGUACAAUACACUUUGAAAAACUGCCUAAAUACACUUAUUCUAUAGCUUGGAAUAAAAUAAGUAUGUAU